UCCUCGGCCUACGGACUCGGACUUAAAACCCGAUUUCGAGCCGGAAAAGUCUCAUUUUUGGCCCUAGGUGCGAAAUAUACUAAUUAUGUUGAGUUUGUGUCUUUGCAGCCUUUACUGCAAGCAGGGGGCCACGGCACUAGUAUUUGCCAGUGUCAGACUGCCAAGAUAGUGACCACGAAGACAAUCCCCAUGCAAGUGGACGGAGAGGCAUGCAAGUUGACGCCUUCCAUCAUCUCAAUGAAUCUGCUCAACAAGGCGCCUAUGCUGGCCAAGCGACGAGGUGGCAAGGCUAAUAUUCCGCAAGCUACAUUAGAACAACUGAAAGUCACAGUGCAGAGGAUCAAUAUGGCUGACUAUGAGCAACACCAUUACGAUAAAGAAUUACUCAAACAAGCUGCGAUUACAAUGGGUUCAAUCGAGGUGAACCCAGUCUCAGACUUGGAGCAGGUGCGGCAAAUGGUCAAUAAACUGCAAGAGUCGAAAACUGAUCAGCCAAAACUGUCUCCUGAUUGGUGUUUUGUCGAUUCGUGUACAGCCGAACGUUUCUUCCGUGUGGACCGCGCGCAGGAACAUCUCCACUAUCUGACCGAUAUAGCCAAUGAGAUGCUCUACAUUCUGGAUACGGUUACUGCGCAGACGCCAGACGAUGACCCGCCAAAUUCAAACUCCGGUUUUCCCGCGCCCAGUUCAAAUUCAAACCAUCAGUCGCCCAGCAGUUUGCUCGGAGACCAGACUACGCCUGAACUAAGUUACGGAGAUCGAUUAAAGGUGGGUGCUAAAGCCACUACUGUGUCUUAUGGUCCUGUCUGGUGUUGAUCGGCCAAC